AUGAAAACAGUUUCGACCAUGCGGUCAUUCUGGGAGAACAAGGUGCGUGAAAACGCGGGAAACAAGGAUGGUGAGCGAGAGGUCCGGUGGUCGAGGGUGUCCCACGUCGAGACCUUAAAGACUUCCCAAGGGCAAGUAUGGCUGAAGAAAGAACUCACCAAGCUUCAAGCCCACGUGGACGCAAACAAAGAGCGCCUGCUGGAACUGAGCCUUCGCCUGCGGGGUCAAGAAGAGAACUGUGUGGAUGACGAGCACAGCACCCGGUGUUCCAGGAGCCCUUCGUCGAAAAGCUGCCAAAGCUGCGACUCGGAGACAUCGAGAUCGAGUCAAGAGACUCCAGAGGAUGACGAACUUCUCAUGAGCCUCAAGUCUCUGAGACAUGACUUCAACAAGGUCAAUCGCAAGACAGCAGCUCUCGUCGAGGAGGUUCUGGAGAGGUGUCUGCCGAAGGAGAAGCUGCGAAUGGAGGAUUCCCUGACUGCGGAGGCGCCCUCCCUUCAGGUGGAUUUCUGA